AUGAGACAGAUAAAUGUGAUUCUUCCUGUUCCCCUUGCAUCGUACCGCCCGUACGCGCUACUCGAGAACGGAGAGAGCAAAUCACUAUCCCUCAAAUCUCCUGCUGACUAUAAAUUAUACGAUAUGGCGGCAAACAUCUACAAAAAUAAAAUCUCGUCCUAUACUCUCCACUCAAGGCAAGCACUCGUCAACGACCAGCUCCAUAUCUUUGGCGGAUACGACGACGAAAAUAGAAUUGCUCGGUUAGAUGGCUGCAUGAUGACCGAAUUACCGGUGCGCUUGAUUUAUUCUUAUUCUUAUAGUCACGCCGCUCUUUCUGUUAAAACAGGAGAUAAAGCCAUCAUUUGCUUCGACGAAGUCAAUGAUCAAAACUGCGAGUGGUCGAAAAUUGGCUCUCUUUCAAAGGCUGUUGAAUAUCCAUCAGCAAUUAAUUUGGGAAACUCUGUCUUUGUUUUUCCUGGUUAUACUGCGGAUGAAAAGUCUUCAGCUGCAAUGAUCUUCGCAUUCUUAGGAUACGAAUCUUCAGUUCAAAAAAUAAGUUUAGGCAAAGGCUCCAGCUGCUAA